CUUCCAAGAUGUCCCAGCAGCAAACAGUGCCGGUGACUGGCCCAGCUGUGGUUCAGGAAUCCUUGAAGACUGUGUGUCCCCCAGCCCACGCCAAGCAGGAACAACCAAAGCAACCAGCUCCACAACAUGAACAAUGCCAGAAGGUGUUCUCUGAGACCCAAGGAAUAGGCCCCCUCACACAUGAGGAGAAGGGCACGACCCCUGUGAAGGGGCUGUCUGAGCAAGUGUGUGAGCACCAGCAGCAGCAGGGACCCCAGAAGCAGCAGCUGCCUGUGAAAAAGCCGCAGCAGGGGCUGCAGGAGCAGGAGCUGCAUCUGAGGAAGCAGCUGCCGCCACCACAGGAGCAGCAGCAGCACCAGCAGCAGCAGAGACCACAGAAGCAGCAGCUGCCUGUGAAAAGGCCACAACAGGGGCAGCAGCAGCACCACCACCACCAGCACCACCACCACCAGCAGCAGCAGCAAGACAUACUGACACCACAGGAGCCGCAUCUGAGACACCACCAGGAGAAGCUGCAGGAUCCAGAAUCGCACCUGGGUCAGCAGCAGCAAACUCCUGAGGAGCAGGAACUGAUCCCACGGGAGAAGCAACGGGAACCACAGGAACGGGAACUGCACGUGGGGCAGAGGCACGGGGACCCACAGGCACAGGAGCUGCACCCGGGACAGAAGCAGAAGCAACAGGAACCACAAGAGCAGGAGCUGCGUCAGAGACAACACCAGAAGGCGAAGCAGUGUGAGCCAGAACUGCACCUGGGAAAGCAGCAGCAUCAGGAGUCACCUGAGCCAGAAAAGCAGCAGCCUCCGGAGUCAAGUGAGCCAGAACUGCACCUGAGAGAGAAGCAGUCACAACGGUCACAAGACACAGAACUGCACCUGGGAAACCAGCAGCAGCAGGAAUCACAGGAGCCAGAAAAGGAGCAGCAUCAGGAGUCGCCUGAGCCAGAGCUGGAUCUGGGAAAGCAGCAGCAUCGGGAAUCAUACGAGCCAGAAAUGCACCUGGGAAAGCAGCAAGAGUCACAUGAGCCAGAGCUGGAUCUGGGAAAGCAGCAGGAGUCGCACGAGCCAGAACUGCACCUGGGACAUGAUCAGAAACAGAAGCAGGAGCCGCGUGAGCCAGAACUGGAUCUGGGAAAGCAGCAGCAGCAGAAGCCAGAGCAUGAAGGGUAUCAAGGACCAAGACUCCUGCGUCGGUCACUUCAGCAAGACAAAGUCCCAAGGGAGCAGCAGCUAGAUGGCUCACACCAAGAACGGAAGAAGGAACUCCCGGACCAGCGGCUGGACCGAGAACUAGUAAAGAAAGGCAAGCAACUGGUAAGAAAGGAUGAGCAACCACCAGAGCACCUGACACAGCAGGAGAAGCAGAUGGGGCAAGUUGUACCAACCAUUGACCAAGUCCAAGAGACUCAGCCAAUCCAGCUAGUGAAGGGAGAAGACUUGCCCACUACCAAGUAAUAGCAGCACAACUAGGAAGUGCAGUGGUGCCAAAACUAAAGCAACCAUCCCAGAGUCCCUAAGUCUCUCCAACCAUCCCACAUAAGGAAAGAGAGCCAUCUACCACACUUCCUUCAGGUCCCUGGCUGGCCUAUGCAUCCAUGAGUCUGCCUGGCCCUGGCCUUCUUCAUGUCUGUGACAGGCUAGGAUA